UGCGCCGUUCCACCAGUCUGAACGUCUCAAAAACUAACAAAAAUUUCAAUGUGGAAACGCAUAUUGAACUAAGUUAUUAAACGGAGGUCACAAUGUACAUUUUUGCUUUUUGCUUACUCUGGAUGCUUAGCCUUGCCUCGGCAGACCAAGAAGAGCGUUUGCCAAAUAAAUGCGAGGUUUGUAAGUUACUGACGGUGGAGUUGCAGGACUCCUUGGAAAAAACUGGUCGCUCCAAGGAGGUUCUAGAGCUCGGAGAAGUUUUGGACACUGGCAAGCGCAGACGCAAAAUCAAGUACAACACCUCAGAGACACGACUCACUGAGGCUAUGGACAACAUCUGUGAAAGAAUACUGCAGUACAGAGUCCAUGCUGAGAGACCAGGAAGCCUUCGCUAUGCUAAGGGCACAAGUCAAACAAUGAGCACACUGCAGAACCUGGUGAAUAAGGGAGUGAAGGUUGAACUCGGGAUUCCUUAUGAACUGUGGGAUGAACCGUCAGUGGAGGUGGCAGACAUGAAGAGACAGUGUGAGACCAUGUUAGAAGAAUAUGAAGAGGUUGUAGAGAACUGGUACUUUAAUCAUCAAGAUGAGAGACUUGAAAGAUACUUCUGUGAAACCCAUGUCCUCAGAAACUCAGACCAAGAGUGCCUUAAAGAGGCAUGGAAAGGUGACAUGGGAAUGAAACGAUCAAAGGAGGUGAAUGAAGGAGAGGGAAGAAGGCAAACCCAUGAUACAGGAGAAUUGUGAAAGCAUAAUGAGUCAUAAUGGUUGAAGAGCGGGCCUCCAUUUGCACAAAUGUACGGAGUGAUGUGUCAUUAUAGUUGAUAAAAAUUGUUGUCCGAAACCAAGGAAACAUAAGGCAUAUGGAAAAGUAUUUAAAAAAAUUCCUAAGAGCACAGUAGCAUCAAAAGUCCUUAAAAUCGGUCUAAAAUGUUUCCAAAUCUGUUCUUCCUGCCAUAUGAGACAUGAACAGCCCUUGAUGUUUUACCUCUUUGUCCAUCCAGACAUAUGUUGAAUUGCUCUUUAUUAAUGCAGUGUUAAUACUAAUGAAGAAAUUCACUAUCUAAUGUCUCAGAGGGUUGUCUUUAGAACAGUUUUUUAAUAGACCACGUUUGUGUUUGUAUAAGUAUUUAUCCAGAAUGCACAAUCAUGUGACUUGCCUUUGCUACACCUUUUUCCAGUUUGCUGAAUUUAAAAGCAGAUGGUUUAAAGAUUUUUGUAUUUUUGGGGGGAACUUUAAUAAUGUAAUUUUUUGUCUCGAAGCAAUAUGUAU